UCUCAGCACCAUGAGCACCACCACCGGUCCAGAAGCUGCCCCGAAGCCAAGUGCAAAGUCCAUCUAUGAGCAGAGGAAGCGUUACUCCACUGUGGUCAUGGCUGAUGUAUCUCAGUAUCCAGUCAAUCACCUGGUGACAUUCUGCCUGGGUGAGGAGGAUGGCGUACACACUGUGGAGGAUGCCUCCAGGAAACUCGCUGUCAUGGACAGCCAGGGCCGAGUCUGGGCACAGGAGAUGCUGCUGCGCGUGUCCCCGGACCAUGUCACCCUGCUCGACCCAGCUUCCAAGGAGGAGCUGGAGUCAUACCCGCUGGGCGCCAUCGUGCGUUGUGACGUGGUUGUGCCACCCGGCCGGACCCGCUCGCUGCUGUUGCUGGUGUGCCAGGAGCCCGAGCGCGCGCAGCCGGACGUGCACUUCUUUCAGGGCCUGCGACUGGGGGCGGAGCUGAUCCGGGAGGACAUCCAGGGAGCUCUGCACAACUACCGUUCCGGCCGCAGCGAGCGCAGGGCGGCGGCGCUCAGGGCCACGCAGGAAGAGCUGCAGCGCGGCCCCUCGCCUGCCGCCGAGACUCCGCCCCUGCAGCGCCGCCCGUCUGUCCGCGCUGUUAUCAGCACAGUGGAGCCGGGUGCUGCCCGCGGGAGACCCCAAGCGGAGCCCAUUCCCGAGACGGAGGAGGCGCCAAAGCCUGUCCCAGCGGGGACCUCGAGUAGCGCUGACCCGGCCUCCCCGGAUCUGGGUCCCCGGGGUCCAGACCUGACCAGUCUGCAGGCGGAGCGGGAUGUGGACAUCCUGAACCACGUGUUUGACGACGUUGAGAACUUCGUGUCCAGGCUGCAGAAGUCGGCGGAGGCGGCCCGAGUGCUAGAGCACCGCGAGCGGGGUCGCAGGACCCGGCGCAGGGCGGCCGGCGACGGGCUGCUAACGCUGCGGGCCAAGCCCCCCACGGAGGCAGAGUACACCGACGUACUCCAGAAAAUCAAGUACGCCUUCAGCCUACUGGCCCGGCUGCGCGGCAACAUCGCCAACCCCUCGUCCCCGGAGCUGCUGCACUUCCUGUUCGGACCCCUGCAGAUGAUCGUGAACACUUCAGGCGGCCCGGAGUUCGCGAGCGGUGUGAGGCGGCCGCACUUGACGUGUGAAGCCGUGGCACUGCUGCGAGACAACGUCACUCCGCUGGAAAACGCGCUCUGGACCUCGCUCGGGGACUCAUGGACCCGUCCAGGGCUAGGGCUACCCUUGGAGGAGGGACCCCCAUACAGCCCCGAGUUCUACAGCGGCUGGGAACCCCCGGCCACCGACCCUCAGGGCCGCACCUGGGAAGACCCAGUGGAGAAACAACUACAGCACGAGCGGAGGCGCCGGCAGCAAAGCGCCCCCCAGGUUGCUGUCAAUGGUCACCAAGAUCCAGAACUGGAAUCUGAGCCCCACUUGGAGCCAGAGCCAGCAGGAAGGUGGGUCCUGUGUAAUUAUGACUUCCAGGCCCGCAACAGCAGCGAGCUAUCUGUCAAACAACAGGAUAUAUUGGAGGUCUUGGAUGACAGGCGCAAGUGGUGGAAGGUCCGGAACUACCAAGGACAGGAGGGAUAUGUACCCUAUAACAUCUUGACACCGCACCCAGGACCCCAGGUGGACCGCAGCCAAAGUCCUGCCUGCAGCCUGGAUAGCACUCCUCCUCCCCCACCAGCCCUGGCCCCAGAUCCUACUCCAAUCCGGCCCCACUGGGAUAGCUGUGAUAGCCUCAAUAACUUGGACCCCAGCGAGAAGGAGAAAUUCUCCCAGAUGCUCAGUGUCAACGAGGAGCUGCAGGCCCGCCUGGCCCAGGGCCGCUCGGGCCCGAGCCGCCCAGUUCCCGGGCCCCGCGCCCAGGAACUGCAGCUCAGCCCGCGCUCGGACGCCUCAGAGGUUCGCACCUGGCUGCAAGCCAAGGGCUUUAGCACUGGGACCGUGGACGCCCUAGGUGUGCUGACAGGGGCGCAGCUUUUCUCGCUGCAGAAGGAGGAGUUUCGGGCGGUGAGCCCAGAGGAGGGCGCACGUGUAUAUAGCCAGGUCACUGUGCAGCGCGCGCUGUUGGAGGACAAAGAGAAAGUGUCAGAGCUGGAGGCGGUGAUGGAGAAGCAAAAGAAGAAGGUGGAAGGCGAGAUGGAAAUGGAGGUCAUUUGACCCUUCUUGGCUCCUUUGUAAAAAGUGACAAGGCCCCGUGGGAGAAUGGACUCCAGAUUCUUCCCACCAGUUAAGUUGAUCCUUUGAGGGAUUGCUGAUCAGACCCUGCCCUGGUCUUCCAUCCUAGUGGACACACUGAACAAUCCUUGCUGGAGUUCCCUCCUGAAAAUCCAGACUGUUUGGAAGUGGGGGGCACCGCAGAGACAAUUUAUGGAAUGAACUAGUGGGCAUCCCCAGAGAGGAAGACUCAGGAGCCCUGCGCAUUGUAAUAUGCUGCCCAGUCUAUAAACAGCCUCCUUUU